AUGCCGGCGCACGCUCAAGGCCUGCCACCGCCGAACAUGAAUUGGCUUGAGGUGUGGCGCACGACGCACGAUAGCACGGUCGGCAACUUGGGUGUCGCGUGCGCGCUGGAGCCGGUCAUGGAACAGCUUCGAUGGACACGGGAGCAGAACAUGAUGUAUGUUUACGGCGGCGGGGGAAGGAGGGCGUCGCAGUUACUUGCAAGCGGCGUGUGCGGCGGCGCCGAGGUUGCCACCCCUGACAGUGUGCGUAGGCGCCCAACCGGGCGCCCAGUUAAUCCCGGCACGCCGCCAACGCCAAUUUCUCCACUUUCAGGCAAAGACGAGAUCACGCCGAUCAACUCCAAUCGCGACCACGACGAUGGCGGGCCGGUCGCCGUUCCCCGCAUCAGCGGCUUUUCUGCCCUUGUGCGUCAGUGGGAGACACAGGCCGCUUUCGUCGUUGCCAGCAACGGGCACAGGGGACGUCGCCGGCGACGGGUGGGGUGCGAUAGUGACGACUCUCCAGACGCCGAGGACAACGACGAGGAGGGAGAUGCUGCUCUACCUGAGGCGGAGGAAACCGCACGCCCCAGCCACUCCGGCGGUCCUUUUCAUCUUGAUUAUUCUGCUUCACGGGAUGUUCCUUACAACAGCGGCGAGGAUUUAUCCGAGACGCAGGAAGAUGUAGAAGAAGAGGCUUUCGGAGACAAAAACUGCUUUGGGAAAAACGGCUACCUCGCCUGCGUUCCGGGCGACGUUUUCCAAAACCGAUUUGCCUUGGUUCGUCAGUUGGGUUGUGGUCGCAGCAGUCGUGUGUGGCUUGCGGUGGACCUACAUCAGUUUACUGUUUCCCGCCGUCAGCUCAUCCGCGAAAUUGACGAGCAUCAGCUGUGCAUGCAUUUUUCUUCCCUGGACCAACCGCUCUUGGUUGCCAUCAAGGUGUUCCGCUGCGGUUCGAUGUAUGAGGAGCUUGCCGAACGGGAGGCGUUGGUGUUGGCGUACAUCAGAGAAUUUAAAAAGGCUGUGUGGCUGCAGCGGCAGGUUUCCCUCCCUUUCUCCGGUGUGGACUCACAUGAGAUGUCCACCGUGCACACAUUGCCGGCAGCACCGACUGGGGAUGGUUCGCCUGCCAACUUCUCUGGCUGCAGCCGCCAUUCCGAAGGCGACUCUCAAAGCAACUCUGAGGAGGUGACCCUGCCAUCCACGGCAGGCCAUCUGCCUUCUAUGCGGGACCGCUUCACCCACCAAGGCGCGUCUGGCGUGCACCACUGCAUCGUUAUGGAUGCGAUGGGGGUUUCUCUGGAAGAGUUCGUGGGUGAGAGGGGGCCCGGGGGGGUGCCGGUGAGUGCUGCCAGUGGUAUUAUUCGCUCAGUUUUGGAGUGCCUCGCACUGCUGGCGACGAUGCAUAUUCUUCACACGGACGUUAAGCCGGCAAAUAUUCUCUUCCCGGACUGCGAAGCGGGCACGACAAACGGCCUAAAAACUUUCCUUGCAGAACAUUUUGGCGACUCUGCGUCGACGGGGUCAAAACUGCGGGCGUCGCACGGACGCGCGUCCACGACGCGUUCCUCCCGAACUGGAGCAGGCGAGAGCCCCGUGGUCUCACCGCGGCCGAGUUGGAAUGAUAUCGUUGAGACCCCUCGCACGGGGCGUUAUCAAAGUGCCUGCAACACUUCUCGUCAACUCUUUAAGGGAGCAAGUCCGUCUUGGGCGAGGGGAAAGCCCCUUUACGCGGUGCAGCUGGCUGACUUUGACCACGCCAUGAUGCUGCCUCCCAGCUUGAGGCACGGCCAUGACGCCGUCGAAAAGGAUGGGCCGGCCAGCUGCAGGAAAUUCAGGGAAAAUACGGUGGAUGAGGCGGGGCUGCAGGCCCAAACCAGCACUCGACCCGUGGGUGACAGUGUUUCCGCCCUCAGCGUGUCAGGGCUUCAGUCGCCAGGGGCCAGAGGCCGGAUGUCGAGCCUCGAUGUGUCGCGUCAGCUGGCAUCUUCCCUACACGUGUUCUCCCCGUCCAUGUGCACAACGAGCCUUGUGGACGACUUGGAGCGGGAUCUCCUGUCGAGGCACGACUAUAAACGUGGUGUGUUGCUUCAGUCGCGGGAGUACCGCUCCCCAGAGAUUAUAUUGGGGAAGGACUAUAAUGCGACCCUGGAUAUUUGGUCUGUGGGCUGCAUUGCUUUUGAGCUUCUCUUUGACCGCCCUCUUUUUGACCCUGUUCGGGAUUUUAUGGAGGCCUCGGAGCGCGAGAAGGAGGAGCAGGCGGCAACGCCAUGCGAGCGAGAGCAGAACCCUUCCAUUGCCGCGGAAGUUCUUGGUGUCAAUGGGGCAGGCGCCGUUUCUGCGGAGCGCGACAAAGGGCGUACCCCUCAUGCUUUUUGGAGUCGCGCUGUUUACUUCGAUGAACGUGAAAAGAAUAUUGACGUGUACCACUUGCGCAGCAUCAUACUUCUUCUUGGUGCCCCGGCGCCGCGCUAUAUUCUUGCUACUCCUCUGGGCGAAUAUGUGCGAGAGUUUUUUGACUCUCACGGUCGAUUUCUCUUUCUUGGGAAAUCUGAGCAAAUGCAGAUGUAUUCUAAUGAUAGCGGUGAGACGAAUUCCUUGUUUUUGUGUACGUGCCUUGGCGGCGAUGCCUCCGAGGAGUUCUCUGAAGCUGCACACGAGGUCAAGUCCGCAGAUGUCUCGUUAGGCGGGAGCAGCACUCGGCGACGCGUUUCGGCGGCCCAUUCUUGCUGCCGCAGGGCGACUCCAGCCUGGCAGAGGCUGCGGGAACAAAUUCAGCGGCGGCUGGGGAAGGAGGAGGGGGCGGCGUUUGAAGACUUCUUAAGGAGGUGCCUGCAAUGGAACCCGGAGGAGCGGCAAGGCGCCCACGCCUUGCUGCGGGCCCAGUGGGUGGCUGCUGCCGAAGGUGCGGCCUCCGGCUGCGGCGCUGGAGAGGGGGCGAGUAACAGUUUGGCUUGA